CACUUUGACCUGGGUUAUAGAUUUAAAGCACUGUGGAAUUUAAAGUAAACAAGUUACAGUACUUACUCAAAGUUUGCUGGUUCGUAGGAUUGUUCCAACUCCAGUUUCCACAUAAUUAUUAUUUGGUAUAUUGUACUGGCUAGAGAGUGGUUGCAGGGGAACCAGACAGGCUGGCAGUGGUGCCCCACGGUCGAAGAGAAUUCAGGGAAGGGGGUGAGCUGAGUACCUGGGGGAACAGGCAGUAUGGCAGGAUCGUGGUGCCGGGCUGGGAAGGCUGUCCCACUGCGGGGCUCUCUAACAAGGGGCAGUCACUCUGCAGUGCCCAAACUGGAGUAUGAGGCCCUGGUGAUCGGAGCAGGACACAAUGGUCUGGUAGCUGCUGCCUACCUCCAGAAGGCGGGGGUAAACACUGCAGUCCUCGAGCGCCGGCACGUGAUUGGUGGAGCAGCCGUCACUGAGGAGAUCAUUCCAGGGUUUAAGUUCUCCAGGGCUUCCUACCUGCUCAGUUUGCUGAGACCACACAUCUAUCAGGACCUGGAGCUAAAGAGGCACGGCCUGAAGGUAUACCUGCGAGAUCCCCAUGCCUUCACCCCUCUGCUGGAGGAGGGGGUGGGGGGGCAGCCACCGAGAUCACUGCUGCUGGGGAGGGACAUGUCUGAGAACCAGCGGCAGAUCAGCAAGUUCUCAGAGAAGGAUGCCCAGACCUAUGCUGCCUACCAGGCCUGUAUGGAGAGGCUGGCCAGCGCCAUCGAGCCCUUACUGGACGCCCCUCCAGUCAACAUUCCAGGAGUCACCACAGGGUCACUGAGGAAGAGGGUGGCAGCACUGAGAACCCUUAAACCACUGCUACAGAUUGGAAUAAAACUCGGGAAGCACAUUCCAGAAUUCUAUGAACUUCUAACUGCGCCUACUACCAAAAUCCUGAACCGCUGGUUUGAGUCUGAGCCACUGAAAGCCACGCUGGCCACGGAUGCUGUGAUUGGGGCCAUGAUCAGCCCCAGCGCCACCGGCAGUGGGUAUGUGCUCCUGCACCAUGUGAUGGGGGAGGUGGAGGGAAAGAAGGGGGAAUGGGGGUAUGCAGAAGGGGGGAUGGGCGGAGUGUCGAACUCCAUUGCCAAUGCUGCCCGGUCCCACGGAGCUGCCAUCUUCACUGAGAAGACAGUGGAGCAGAUUUUGGUGGGUAAAGAUGGGAGAGCGAGGGGGGUGGCUCUGAAGGAUGGAACUGAGAUUCGCAGUAAAUUGGUUCUGUCCAACGCAACACCACAUGUGACCUUCAGACACCUUACUCCUCAGGACUGUCUACCUCCAGAGUUCAUCAAAGCUGUUUCUCAGAUCGACUAUGCCUCUCCUGUCACCAAGAUCAACAUUGCUGUGGAUAGACUUCCCAAUUUCCUGGCAGCUCCCAAUUCUCCUGAUGGGAAACCCGGCCCACACCAUCAAUGCUCCAUCCACCUGAACUGUGAGUCCAUGGACUUAUUGGACCAGGCAUACCGCCAGUCUACAGAGGGGCGCCCAUCUACCAGACCCAUGCUGGAGGUGUGCAUUCCCUCAGUGCUGGACCCCACACUGGCUCCGCCCGGCUGCCACGUGCUCUCCAUCUUCAGCCAGUUCACCCCAUACUGGCUGCAGGGGGGGCGGGCCUGGGAACAGAAGGACCGUGACAGCUACGCAGACACAGUGUUUGAGUGGAUUGAACGGUACGCCCCUGGGUUCAAGCAGUCAGUGGUGGGGAAAGAGGUCCUCACCCCUCCAGACCUAGAGAGGAUCUUUGGGUUGACAGGAGGGAAUAUUUUUCAUGGAGCAAUGUCAUUGGAUCAGCUCUAUCUAGCAAGACCUUUGCCCUCCUUCUCAGACUACCGUUCACCAAUCAGAGGGCUGUAUUUGUGUGGGAGUGGUGCGCAUCCAGGUGGGGGUGUGAUGGGCUCUGCUGGCUGGAAUGCAGCGAUGGCUGCCCUUGCUGACCAUCGGUAAGGCUGACCCGGGUUCAAAUCUGCAGCACUGCACUGCCACUGGAGCCAUCUGACCUUAAUCUUGAUGGCCGAAGGGGCGAUGAAACAACAGUUGAUACUGGAGCCCAUCCAGUAUCAACACCCCUAUAUCACUACAAUAAAAUGCUUUUUUUAAAUUGUGUAAUACUGUGUACAAUUACACCAAUAUUGCUGUCUUAUCAAGUGUUAUCUACACAAAAACACAGUCAAUACAUACAGAGUAAUCCCUGGUAUCACUUUAUAAGUCUCUGUCUGCCUGAGAAGCUGUGCCUAAUGGCAGGAAACAACGUCACAAAGCCACUCUGUUUCCAUAAUGCUGGGGUCCCUCCUUCCUCUCCAAUAAGAGAGUUACUGUAUAGUGAAAUUAUUAGGACAGUUCCCACCAUUGGUAUUCAAAUAACAGCACCACACAACGCCUUCAGGCAAGAUUAGAAGUUAAAAGUGGAAACUGGUUUACUUCAAAGGAAGAGAGCGGGCCGAACUAGUGACAGACUAUGGUACACUGGUACUAUCAAUACACAUUUAAACAGGUCUCCUUCCAUUAGCAAUCUCUUACAGAAAUGAGGCAUUGAGAUCUAUC